CUCUUCUUCCUCACCAUUUCCCAUUUCGCAUUUCCCAUUUCCUAUUUCUUUCGCUCGCAGAUUCUCUUAUUGUGUUCUGACGAGUGUUUCUCAUCUUCUGCUUCAGAUUCCAUUUUCGAUUCUUCAACAUUGAGCUCUUUCUUCGAUCAGGCUGUAGAGUUAGCUAGGGUUUCUCUACUUCCACCGAGGAAUCUGUUCAUCAUCAUCAUCAUCUUCUUCUUCUUCAGAUAUCGAGAAAAACUUGAGGAGAAUGGCAGCCGAAGGACAGGCGAAUAACAUGGAAAACAACUUGGCUAACGGCGGCGGCAUCACCACCGGGGCUCCGCCGCCUCGGCCGGGAGUACUGCCUAAAAUCCAAACAAAGAUAACAGCAAUGGCGGCAAGCAAGCCGUUCAAGGCAGAGAACAACAUCUGCCAUGAUGAUAGCUCGCGGCCUGUGAAAGCGCAGACCAUUGAUGAGCUGCACUCGCUGCAGAAGAAGAGGUCUGCGCCGAGUACGCCCAGCAAACAGGAAGGCGCCGUUCAGUCCCCCACCGCCUUCUCCACUAUAUCCGAGGAGGAGCGUCAGAGGCUCCAGCUCCAGUCGAUCAGUGCUUCAUUGGCAUCACUGACGAGGGAGACUGGUCCCAAGGUGGUGAAGGGAGACCCUAAGAGGAAGUCGGAAACCACCCCCAAAGUGCAUCAACAGCACCACUACUUCACUCCGAACAUCAAUACUAGUGACAGUGCCUUGAAGUUCACUCAUGUCCUCUACAACCUUUCACCUGCUGAACUCUAUGAACAAGCUAUAAAGUAUGAGCACGGAUCAUUCAUAACAUCAAGUGGGGCUUUGGCAACAUUAUCCGGUGCAAAGACAGGUCGCUCUCCUAGAGAUAAGAGGGUUGUUAUUGACGAGACCACGACAGAUGAACUCUGGUGGGGAAAGGGUUCCCCCAACAUUGAGAUGGAUGAGCACACUUUUAUGGUGAACAGAGAAAGAGCUGUUGAUUAUCUAAAUUCCUUGGAUAAGGUAUUUGUGAAUGAUCAGUUCCUUAACUGGGACAUCGAAAAUCGCAUAAAAGUUAGGAUCGUCUCUGCAAGGGCAUAUCACUCCCUCUUCAUGCACAACAUGUGCAUUCGUCCAAAUCCUGAAGAACUGGAGAACUUUGGUACUCCGGACUUCACUAUUUAUAAUGCGGGACAAUUUCCCUGCAAUCGGUACACCCAUUACAUGACAUCAUCCACAAGCAUAGACAUAAACUUGGAUAGGAAGGAAAUGGUUAUUCUGGGCACGCAAUACGCCGGAGAGAUGAAGAAAGGGCUCUUCAGCGUAAUGCACUAUCUCAUGCCCAAGCGAGGCAUACUCUCGCUGCACUCUGGAUGCAAUAUGGGCAAGGACGGUGAUGUCGCCCUCUUCUUUGGCCUCUCUGGCACUGGAAAGACGACUCUGUCUACUGACCACAACAGGUUGCUCAUCGGUGAUGACGAGCAUUGCUGGAGCGAUAAUGGGGUUUCCAACAUUGAAGGGGGUUGCUAUGCGAAGUGCGUUGACCUUUCGCGUGAGAAGGAACCCGAUAUCUACAAUGCGAUUAAGUUUGGGACAGUGUUGGAGAAUGUCGUGUUUGAUGAGCACACUCGCGAAGUGGACUACAGUGAUAAAUCAGUAACAGAGAACACUCGAGCUUCCUACCCUAUCGAGUACAUUCCAAAUGCGAAAAUCCCUUGCGUGGGCCCACAUCCUAAGAACGUCAUACUCUUGGCCUGCGAUGCUUUUGGAGUGCUUCCUCCCGUAAGCAAGCUAACCAUGCCGCAGACAAUGUACCACUUUAUCACUGGCUACACCGCUCUGGUGGCCGGGACGGAGGAUGGCAUCAAGGAGCCGCAAGCCACCUUCUCUGCUUGCUUCGGUGCAGCAUUCAUCAUGCUCCAUCCCACCAAAUAUGCCGCCAUGUUGGCUGACAAAAUGAACAAGUAUGGCGCCACAGGUUGGCUUGUUAACACUGGCUGGUGCGGCGGAAGGUAUGGAGUUGGAAGUCGCAUAAAGUUGCCUUACACUCGCAGUAUCAUUAAUGCCAUCCAUUCUGGUCGACUUCUGAAUGCUGAGUACACCAAAACUGAGGUCUUUGGGCUGGAGAUUCCUACUAAAGUUGAAGGAGUGCCUUCGGAGAUCCUCAAUCCUAUGAAUGCUUGGGAGGACAAGAAACACUACAAGGAAACUCUGUUAAAACUGGCCGGUUUAUUCAACAAGAAUUUUGAGGUGUUCUCCAAAUACAAAAUCGGUUCAGAUAACAAACUGACAGAGGAAAUUCUUGCUGCUGGCCCCAUUAUCUGAGGUACGUCGCCCUCAUUUGUUGACCAAGAAGCAUAGAAAUACCGAAGCUUGUGUGCGAAAUAAAUGAAGUUGAGGAGUCCAUUAUGCCUAAGAUAGAUAUGUGAUUUGGUCUAACCAUCUCAUGUAUUAUUAUGUUAUAGCCAUAGCAAUGUUUUUCCAUAAUUUAAGUGUGUGCUCUAUCUAAUGUCUUAGCUCAUUUGAUUUGAUUAACUUGGAGCUUACUCCUGGGAAUUUUGGCAGUUCAAAAUUAGUAGAUGCAAUGUAAUGCCUUUGUAUUGAUCUGAGUAAUCUAGUGUGUUUAAUGGA